AUGUUGGACAGCUAUCAAUCUGCGAAUUUCAAGUCAGACAAUAUUACUAUCGAUAAUAUACUGCCAAAGUUACUAGUAUCCCCGCCACAGUCACCUUCAAAUUCUAUCACGGAUCAACAUUAUGAUAAUACUAUUCGAAAACAAUUAGAAUAUGUCAGAAGUAUACCUUUACCAGUCUUUCUACAAAAGACUUCUAGCGAGAAAACUGCCUUAGAUGUUAUAAAUCCAACUCUCAAUACUGUGCCGUACACUUUUGUAAUUUUGGCUAACAUCACAUAUUUUUCGAAAAGAAUUGAGGAAACGGAACUGAUGUAUUUUUGGAACAAGAUAUCAAGCUACCUGGACCUCUUUGACGCGAGGCAAAUACGAUACCUCGGGGAAGAGUUCUCUUCGAUCAUUGAUGCUUUUAUAAAUCUUUCACGCCAAAAUGAUCAAUCCGAACACGCAAUUAUAUCCAUUCGAGAGGCACUAUUACGCAUAGAUCCCUCCGGUGCUGUACUCACACCGAAUCAUGUAAAACUUACAAAACUGGCCCUGGAAUCCCGAAAGUAUCAUGCCAUCGGCCAGUUCUUGGAAAGAGUAAUCUUAUACGUUCCAAACAGUGAUAACCUACCAAAACCAAAGUACAUCUGUAGUUUAAGUCUAAGUGCAGUAGCAUAUAUUAGUGCUGAUGCUAGUCUUGCUAUGAAAUUAAAAUACAUUGACGUCUUGGAAUACUUCUUAAACUGUGGCAUAGCUUGUCUUGGAUGCAGGAAAUGGGAAAGUGCAUUGAAACAUUUUGAGUGCGCAAUUACGUUCCCGACAAAAGACGUUGUCAGCAAGCCUAUGGUGGAAGCAUAUAAGAAAUGGAUCUUAACAGGACUGAUCUCGAUGGGAAAGCGACCUAACCUUCCAAGGUCGACAAGUACAACAGUCUCAAGAAUAUAUCAUGUGCUUGCAAAACCAUAUGAAAGCCUUGCUCUCAUUUUUGAAAACGGUACUGCCUCUCGACUAAAAUCUGAGGCCGAAUUCGGUCAGAGAAUAUGGGCAAGAGAUUGUAACAAGGGCCUCGUCGCUCAAGUCCUCGCUUCAUACCAGAAGUUACAAAUUCGUAACCUUGCUAAUAUCUAUAGUAAGAUUUCCGUUUCAGAAGUCCAGAAUCAGACGAUUAGUGCAGAAACUGGCAGCAAAUUAUCAACAGUUGCAGAAGUUGAAAGCUUGGUCCUUAAUAUGAUAGAAAGAGGAGAUCUAUCCGCUACAAUAAGUUCUUCACCCGAUGGCUCGUCAAUCUUAUCAUUUUCGCCGACUGGCCCGAUCUUGUCUGAAGCCCAAAUGCAACAGGAAAUAGCCUCGACUAUAUCCAGGGUCCAAGACAUAUCCAGAGAGAUUAGCUUGACAGACCGGAAUUUGACCUACAAUCCAAGCUUUGUUAGGUACUUACAACGAAAUAAACUUGGAUAUAAGCAGAGAAUUGGUGACACUGAAGGGCAUGUAGCAGAUUAUACGAUGAGCUGGGACGUUGACGUAGAGGAUGAGGAUAUAAUGGGAGUUUAUUAA